GUUCUUUUUGAUCACCUUUUCCCCCGAAUUUUUGGCCUUGAAAUUUAUAUCUUUAUUUUGGAAAUUCCAAGGUCCUUGGUACUCCCUAAUUUGUAAAUGUAGUGCUAAUUAUGUAUCUAUCGAAUCGAUAUCAAGCUUCUUGAUAAGAAGCCUUUUCUUAUCACUCGCGUUAAUGCCGAAACUCACAAUAUCCCAUGUAGUGGGUGUCACAGUCUCCAAACUGAUAAGAAGUCAUUACGUGUUGACAAAUUGACAAUAUAACAUUUUAACAUCAUAGUGAAAAUAAAUAAGAGAACAAAAGAUGGUUCUGCGUCAUCGUGUUCAAGGAUAUGAAAAUUUUUUCAAAUUUGUUGAGAACUUGAAGGUUAACGAACCGGUUUAUGUACUUUACAGUGGUACAAAACUUCCAAAUGGCAAAAGUUGGUGCCCCGACUGUGUCGAAGCCGAACCUUUCAUAGAAGAAGGAUUUAAGGCGGCCCCUGAAACAACACAUUUAGUUGUAGUCGAAGUUGGCGAUAGACCGUACUGGAAAGAUUUGAAUUGUCCGUUUCGAACGAAUUCCACAACGAAAUUGAGAGUUCUACCCACUUUGGCAAGAUGGGGUACUCAAAAACGCCUAGAGGGUGAUCAGUGUUUAAAAGUUGACCUCAUCACGAUGUUACUGACUGACGAGGAUGAUUAAAGCAUUCAGG